CACUUCCUGGGACCGCUGCGCUGCAGUCCGCUGGCAGGUGGCGGGUGCGCCCAGCCGCAGUCGCCCGGCUCUGGCCCCUUUCGGGUCGCGCGCGUCCGGGCUCCGGAGGCCGCCUGGCUGGGCGCCCCGUGCCUUUUGUCUGGCGCAGAGCCGACGUUUGCAUCACAUUUCGUAUACCUCCCUCUCUUUUUCGCCUCUCCUUCUGCCUCCUGCUCACAUCGCCUCCCCACUCCCGCCACCGUCUCCCGCCGGACUGCUAGCCACCUGGACCAAAGCCAGAGGACAUCUCUGCCCCAGCGAUGUCUCCUCUCCAGAAAGUUGCCGCCGCCACGGCCACCGCCGCUGGGCGGUGAAACAAAGUCUGGCGGGGCCGCCUCCCGGUGCAGGAGCGCACCGGUGCCUAGCGGCUGAACUCCGGGGCUGGGCGUCCCGCCUCCCCCCGGGGAGCCCGAAACGCGCCGGGCCAUGGCCCAGGGCGCGGCCGGCAGGGAGGGUCCGGCGCCGCCCGACGCGGCGGGGGGCGAAGACGACCCCAGAGUGGGCCCGGAUGCCACCGGGGACUGCGUGGCGGCGGCCUCUGGGGGCCGGAUGAGGGACCGUCGCAGCGGGAUCGUACUGCCGGGCGCCGCGGGGACCCCAGCCGACAGCGAAGCGGGUCUCCUGGAGGCUGCACGAGCGACUCCCCGGCGCAGCAGCAUCAUCAAGGAUCCUUCAAACCAAAAGUGUGGUGGAAGAAAGAAAACCGUGUCUUUCAGCAGCAUGCCAUCGGAAAAGAAAAUUAGCAGUGCAAAUGACUGCAUCAGCUUCAUGCAAGCUGGCUGUGAGCUGAAGAAAGUCCGGCCAAAUUCUCGCAUUUACAACCGUUUUUUCACUCUGGACCCAGACCUCCAAGCUCUUCGCUGGGAACCUUCUAAGAAAGACCUCGAGAAAGCUAAGCUUGAUAUUUCUGCCAUAAAAGAGAUCAGACUGGGGAAAAAUACGGAGACAUUUAGAAACAAUGGCCUUGCUGACCAGAUCUGUGAGGACUGUGCCUUUUCCAUACUCCAUGGGGAAAACUAUGAGUCUCUGGAUCUAGUUGCCAAUUCAGCAGAUGUGGCAAACAUCUGGGUGUCUGGGUUACGGUACCUGGUUUCUCGAAGUAAGCAGCCUCUUGAUUUUAUGGAGGGCAACCAGAACACUCCACGGUUUAUGUGGUUGAAAACAGUGUUUCAAGCAGCAGAUGUUGAUGGGAAUGGGAUUAUGUUGGAAGACACCUCUGUAGAGUUAAUAAAACAACUGAACCCUACUCUGAAGGAAGCCAAGAUCAGGUUAAAGUUUAAAGAAAUCCAGAAGAGCAAAGAAAAACUAACCACUCGUGUGACCGAAGAGGAAUUUUGUGAAGCUUUUUGUGAACUUUGCACCAGGCCAGAAGUGUAUUUCUUACUUGUGCAGAUAUCUAAAAACAAAGAAUAUCUGGAUGCCAAUGAUCUUAUGCUCUUUUUAGAAGCUGAACAAGGAGUCACUCAUAUCACUGAGGAUAUAUGCUUAGAUAUCAUAAAGAGAUAUGAACUGUCUGAAGAGGGACGCCAAAAAGGGUUUCUUGCAAUUGAUGGAUUUACCCAGUAUUUAUUGUCAUCAGAAUGUGACAUUUUUGAUCCUGAGCAAAAAAAGGUUGCCCAAGAUAUGACCCAGCCAUUAUCUCACUACUAUAUCAAUGCCUCUCAUAACACCUAUUUAAUAGAAGACCAGUUCAGGGGACCAGCUGACAUCAAUGGGUAUGUGAGAGCUUUGAAAAUGGGCUGUCGAAGCAUUGAACUUGAUGUAAGCGAUGGUUCAGAUAAUGAACCAAUCCUUUGUAAUCGAAACAACAUGACAACACAUGUCUCCUUUCGAAGUGUCAUAGAGGUAAUAAAUAAAUUUGCCUUCAUUGCUUCUGAAUACCCACUCAUUCUUUGUUUAGGAAAUCACUGCUCCCUGCCGCAGCAGAAGGUAAUGGUUCAACAGAUGAAAAAGGUCUUUGGCAAUAAACUGUAUACCGAAGCACCUUUGCUGUCAGAAUCCUACCUCCCAUCACCAGAAAAAUUAAAAAGAAUGAUCAUUGUCAAAGGAAAGAAGUUGCCUUCUGAUCCAGAUGUGUUAGAAGGAGAAGUAACAGAUGAAGAUGAAGAAGCCGAAAUGUCUCGAAGGAUGUCAGUAGAUUACAAUGGUGAGCAGAAACAAAUCCGGCUCUGUAGGGAGCUCUCUGAUUUGGUAUCUAUUUGUAAAUCUGUUCAGUACAGGGAUUUCGAACUAUCUAUGAAAAGCCAAAACUAUUGGGAAAUUUGUUCAUUUAGUGAAACAGAGGCCAGCCGCAUUGCAAAUGAGUACCCAGAGGAUUUUGUUAAUUAUAAUAAGAAGUUCUUAUCAAGAAUCUAUCCAAGUGCCAUGAGGAUCGAUUCCAGUAACUUGAAUCCACAGGACUUUUGGAAUUGUGGCUGUCAGAUUGUAGCAAUGAAUUUUCAGACUCCGGGUCCAAUGAUGGACCUUCACACGGGCUGGUUUCUUCAAAAUGGGGGAUGUGGUUAUGUUCUAAGGCCGUCUAUCAUGCGAGAUGAAGUUUCUUACUUCAGUGCAAAUACAAAGGGCAUUGUACCUGGGGUGUCUCCUCUAGCUCUUCAUAUCAAGAUCAUCAGUGGUCAGAAUUUCCCAAAGCCCAAGGGAGCUUGUGCCAAAGGGGAUGUCAUAGAUCCCUAUGUUUGUGUAGAAAUACAUGGAAUUCCAGCGGAUUGUUCAGAACAAAGAACUAAAACUGUACAGCAAAACAGUGAUAAUCCUAUUUUUGAUGAAACUUUUGAGUUCCAAGUAAACCUACCUGAGCUGGCCAUGAUCCGUUUUGUUGUUCUGGAUGAUGACUACAUUGGGGAUGAGUUUAUAGGGCAAUACACGAUACCAUUUGAAUGUCUGCAGCCCGGAUAUCGGCAUGUUCCCCUGCGCUCUUUUGUGGGUGACAUCAUGGAACAUGUAACCCUUUUCGUCCACAUAGCAAUAACUAAUCGAAGUGGAGGAGGAAAGGCACAGAAGCGCAGUCUUUCAGUGAGAAUGGGGAAGAAAGUUCGGGAAUAUACUAUGCUCAGGAAUAUCGGUCUUAAAACCAUUGAUGACAUCUUUAAAAUAGCAGUUCAUCCAUUACGAGAAGCCAUAGAUAUGAGAGAAAAUAUGCAGAAUGCAAUCGUGUCUAUUAAGGAACUAUGUGGACUCCCUCCAGUUGCUAGUCUGAAGCAGUGCCUAUUAACACUGUCAUCUCGGCUCAUCACCAGUGACAAUACUCCUUCAGUCUCACUUGUGAUGAAAGACAGCUUUCCUUACCUGGAGCCUCUGGGUGCAAUUCCAGAUGUGCAGAAAAAGAUGCUGGCUGCUUAUGAUCUGAUGAUUCAAGAGAGCCGGUUUCUAAUAGAAAUGGCAGACACAGUCCAGGAAAAGAUUGUACAGUGUCAGAAAGCAGGGAUGGAGUUUCAUGAAGAACUUCAUAAUUUGGGGGCAAAAGAAGGCUUGAAAGGAAGAAAACUCAACAAAGCAACUGAGAGCUUUGCUUGGAAUAUUACAGUAUUGAAGGGCCAAGGAGAUCUGUUGAAGAAUGCCAAGAAUGAAGCUAUAGAAAACAUGAAGCAGAUCCAGCUGGCGUGCUUGUCCUGUGGACUGAGUAAAGCUCCCAGCAGCGGUGCUGAGGCCAAGAGCAAGCGCAGCCUGGAAGCCAUAGAGGAGAAGGAAAGUAGCGAGGAGAAUGGGAAGCUGUGAGUCUGGGCAUUAUCGACACGUUCACCCGUCUUGAAAGGACUCUGGUUUCUCAUUCUUGUUUUCUUUCUUUAAAUGUUUUAGAAGUUCACAAAAUGAUACCCUCUAUGUCGUAUUGGGCAUAGGUAUUUUCACAAUGUCAGUAUUUUAGUGUAAUUUAUCUAAGUUAAAGCCUUUAAUAGCAGUGUUUUAAAUUCUGAGAUGUGUCAACACCUGUGUGUGGAUGACUUUGGAAAAGAGAGAGAGAUGGAAAGAGAUAGAUAGAGAGAGAGAGAGAGAGAGAGAGUGUGUGUGUGUGUGUGUGUGUGUGUGUGUGAUAGAGACAGAGAGGAAUUCUGUUAAAAUCUAUUCUGUGUUGCAUUAUUCAUUUAGUGAGUUAUUCCUUGAUCAUUUUGGGACUAUUUUGUUAAUCUGAAAUUCUAAAGAGCACUUAUCGUAACCUGUCGCUGUGUUUAAUUUUACGUCUCUGCCUUUGACAUUUAAUUUAGAUAUCUUAGCUUAGCUUGUUAUUGAAGGAAGUAAAUUUAUCAAAUUUAUCAAAGCAUAGAUGUUUUGAUAGAUUAAAUAUAGAUUAAAAAAAUUCCUAAGAAUCACAGUAGAAAUAAAAGUGAAUGAAAGAUUAAACAGAUGAUCAGAAUUUCUAGAAAGAUUAGCAAAGUCAUUUCUUCAGUUAGAAAACUUUAAAAAAUAUUUAUUAAAUAAAAUCAAUUUUUAGAAAGUUUUCUGUAGUCAUUUACUAAACAUAUGAUUUCACUAGAAAAGCUGAUCGUAAGUGAAUUUAUACCUACCUAUGUGGUACUCUGAAACAUACUGAAAGCUCUGUUGCAAUUAGGAUUUUGAUGUAACAAUAAUAUUGUUGUAUAAUUUCAAGAUUUGUAGGAAGGUCUCAUUCUUUCAAGCUGAGACUCUAGCAUUCAUUUUCUGUAACAGGUAAGGCAGCUUAGAGGUCUUGGCUUUGGAUGUAAUUUAGGGUACUAAAUUUAAAUUUAAAGACAUUGUUCAAACAAUAUCAUAUCAUCACAUUGAGCUGAUAUAAAUUCUGUGGGUCAAAUAACAUCUUUGUGAUAAUUUAAGAACUAACCAGUUAUAAAACAUCUAUGAUAUAAUCCUAAUGCACACAGAAAAGCAUACAUACGAAAACAAAUGACUAAUUAGGGUACAUUUAUAAUUGCAUCUAGAUAAUUUUUACCCUAAUGUCUUCAUAAAGUACUUGAGUGUAAUGUUUGUUACCUCCAGCAGAACUAAAUGUUCUAUGGUUAUGAAAGAAUAUAUUUAUUUAAAACAUUGCUUUUAUUUUGAAAAGCUUCUUAAUUAAUUUGAUUAACAAAUAUGCUAAUUUGGGAAAUCUAGAGAAGAUAAUUGUUGAAAUUUUGCAAGUAUAAACAUCUCCUAUAGCUUCUGUGUUAUUUCUGACUUCUUAACACUAUUACGUUCAUGUUGCACAUUACUGAAAGAGUAAAGAUGUGAAAAAAACACUUUGUUUUCUUUUAUUGUGAAUUGAGAAAGCAAAGCUAAUGAAAAUGGGUUAUUACAUUAAAAUAUCCGAAAGAGUUUGCUAUUUCCUUGGAUCAGAUAUGAUGAAAUUAUUCCCUGGGUUUAAAACUGGGCACUCGAGGAGGAGGUACCUGAAAUCAUUUAAGGCAAGUUUCCAGUGGUACUACAAUGGCCUGAAAAAAUUUCUUUACCCUCUAUUAUAUUUAACUAGCUGGUAGGAGGAAUAGUGGAAUGCAGGUGUUAAGCCCUUCGUGGUGAAAAAGGUUCUGUAAGCAGAAACAAAACCCACCUUAUAUCAGCUGAUUGGUUGAUUUUACUAGGGUACCUCUUCAUCUACUUGAAUUUCAUUUGGUAAAUCCAUGUCUUUACUGGAUGUACAGAUAGGUGGGAAGAGAAAGUAAAGGAUGGCAAACUCUCAAACAAUAUACAUUUCUUUACUCCAGGAUCAAAUCCAAUCUUUUGAAGUAGAUUCCCUAGUUUAUUUUAUUUGUCCUAGAGCUCCACUCAUACUUAGGACCUACCCAACGAUUCUCAAGAACAUAAUAUGGAUUCCACCUCAUCUGAUGCUACUUCUGGCAGUGGGUCGUCAGCCAUACUCUGCUUCAUUCCACUGGAUGUUCUUGCUAGAUAGGGAGUGAGAUAUGGAGCAGAGAGGAGCUUUGGAUUCUGGAAGUGGAGGAGUGGCAAGGGAAAAUUCUCCUAGUCUCCUGUGAUGCACAUUCCUUCAGACAGAAUAGCAAAAACAAAUUUUUUGUGUGUAUUAUGCCUCCAUGACAUUGUUACAUUCUAUGAUGGGCAUCUAUCUCCUUUCUAGACUUGAACUGUGGUAGAAAAAGCCCCCUUCUCUCUUCUGUCCACUUAGAUUUGGUGAUGCUAAGAAGCUAGUGUUUUAGAUAUUAAUUCUGUUUUUAUCUAUUCAUUUUUACAUCACCCAUGGGGUCUGAGUUGGAGAUGGUAGGUAUUAUCACUGGCAUUUUAAAGGUGAGAAAGCCCAAGGCCACUGAGGUAAUAAAUGUAAUAACUGAUUUUGAACUCAGGUCUGUCUGAUUUCAUGUGCAAGAUUAUAUAUUUAGUGACUUUGAUUUUAAGUUUAUUCUCAAAAUUUUAAACCAGACUAUUAACUCUUACCUUUAUAACCACAGAUACAAAGAGCCAUAUCAUUUUUUUCUGAAUAUAAAAUAUUAAUGGUCAGUAUAAAAAUACAAAAAUAGAGAACUAUAUACAAUCGAAAAGCAAAAUUACUCACUAUUAACAUUUUGAUUUAUAUCCCUUUAGACACUGUUUAGAGUUUAUACAUAUAUGUAAAUAUGCUUUUAUUUUAACAAAAUUGAGAUAUUAUAUAAAUUGUUUGUAGCAGGGUGCUUAAAAUUUUAACAUGUUAUGGAUAUCUAUGUCAAUAAAUGUGUAUGUACAUUAGAGUUCCCAGCCUUUGAACUGAAUCUAGUUCAAAAAUGCUGUGUUUUAUUUGGCCACUGAUAUUUUUUUUUAAUAUUUAACCAUUAGACAGCAUUUCAAAUUCAGAAAAUGUUACAUAAAAUUCAAUGUCCUGCUUGUUUUAAAGUAUUGGAUAAUCUGACAACACAAGACACCUCCCACUCCCCACCUCACAACCAGCACACAUAUACUUUCUUGCUUGGCAUCAAUUAAUAGAAACUGCCCUCUCCAAAAGGGGCAUAUGCUGUCGAAUUUUCUAGAGAGUCUUUUCCCUCAUUUAUGUUACAUCUGGACCUUGUGGACGUGAUAGGUGGUGAAACUUGAUGCAAAUUAUCAUUUAUAGGGAAGCCAAAGUGAGAGAAUUGCUUGAAGCCAGGAGCUGAGACUAGCCUGGGAAACAAUGUCUUUAAAAAGUAAAAAAAUUAAUUAUCAUUCAUAAUAAUUACAUAGUAUCUUAUUAUAUGGCUUACCAUAAUAUAUUUAACCAAUGUCCUAUUGUUAGACUUUACUCUCCUAAUUUCUUGUUAUAUAAACAUUCCUGUAAUAAAAUCCAUUUUUGCAAAGUUG